AAUUUAAGCGAAAAUUCAAGAAGGACCUUACUACAAAUGCUCGAGCUUUACGUCGUCUACGAACUACUUGUGAACGUGCAAAGCGUAAUUUAUCUGCGUCAGCUCAAACUUCAAUCGAAAUUGAUUCACUUUUCGAGGGUAUCGACUUUUACACUUCCUUAACUCGUGCUCGAUUUGAGGAACUAAAUCAAGAUUUGUUCCGAUCUACCCUGGAGCCAGUUGAAAAAGUUCUCCGAGAUGCUAAAAUUGAUAAAGCACAAGUUCAUGAAAUUGUUUUAGUUGGUGGUUCUACUCGAAUUCCUAAAAUACAAAAAAUGGUAUCAGACUUCUUUAAUGGCAAGGAGCCCAACAAAUCUAUUAACCCCGAAUUAGCCGUCGCUUACGGUGCUGCUAUACAAGCUGCAAUCUUUUCUGGUGAUAUAUCAGCAAAAACUCAAGACUUGUUAUUACUUGACGUUGCACCAUUUUCUCUUGGUAUUGAAACUGCAGGAGGUGUUAUGACACCACUUAUUAAACGAAACACCACAGUUCCCACCAAGAAAUCUGAGAUAUUCACCACAUACUCAGAUAACCAACCAGGUGUACUUAUCCAUGUAUAUGAAGGUGAACAUGCUCGUACAAAGGAUAAUAACUUGCUUGGUAAAUUCGAAUUGACCGGCAUUCCACCUGCACCUCGAGGUGUACCUCAAAUCGAAGUUACUUUUGGUAUCUCUGCUGUCGAUAAGACAACUGGACGAUCUAACAAGAUUACCAUUACUGGCAAAGGCCAAUUGUCUAAAGAAGAAAUCGAACGCAUGAAGGAUGAAAAGGUUGCUCAAAGAAUUCAAGCACGUAAUGACUUGGAGAGCUAUGCAUACAGUUUGCGAAAUACACUUCAGGACGAAAAGGUUGUAGAAGCUGAAAAAGAAGAAUAUAAUCAUAAACAGAAAUCACUUGAAGAAACUGCCAACCCAAUAAUGAUGAAACUUUUUGGAGGUAAAUCUAAUAGUGACUCUCCAAGUAGUCCAACAAUUGAU